AUGUCCCUUUUGCUCUUUGGGGCUGGGUUGGUGUUUCUGAGUCUGAUGACUCCUGCUAGCAGCCAGAAGACACUGACUGGCCAACCACUCUUCGGGGCAGCUGAUCGACAUGACUUUGCUAUCAUGAUCCCUCCAGGAGGUGCAGAAUGCUUUUGGCAAUUUGCCUACCAGGCUGGAUACGUCUAUUUCAAUUAUGAGGUUCAGCGGACGCUGGGAAUGUCACAUGACCGGCACAUUGCUGCCACAGCACACACCCCACAGGGUCUCCUCAUAGACACUUCCCAGGAUGUUCGGGGGCAGAUUAACUUCUCUACUAAAGAGACAGGUUUUUAUCAACUUUGUCUAAGUAACCAGCAAAAUCACUUUGGUUCUGUGCAAGUGUACCUCAAUUUUGGAGUUUUCUAUGAGGGGCCUGAGAUGGAACAUCAACAGCAAGAAAGGAAACAACUGAAUGACACUCUGGAUGCAAUUGAGGCGAGUACACGAAAAGUACAGAAUAACAUCUUCCACAUGUGGCGUUUCUACAACUUUGCCCGAAUGAGGAAAAUGGGUGACUUUUUCCUUCUGCAAUCAAAUUACAACUAUGUGAACUGGUGGUCGACAGCCCAGAGCCUUGUUAUUGUUCUUUCUGGGAUGCUGCAGCUUCAUUUCUUGAAGCGUCUCUUCAAUGUUCCAACAACUGCAGACACUAAGAAGCCAAGAUGCUAA